AUGAAUUUUAACAAGUUCCUAAUCGUACUUUCAUGUUAUUUGGCAUGUGUGUUUGCAUUGGCAAACCAAAAUGAUGGAGGUGAUGAUGAUUCAAAGACCAAAAAGACUACUACUUGGGUGUGGGUUACAACUACUAUUGGUGGUCAAGUUGCAACAGUAUCUACAGUUUACUCACAAAAGUUUAUGAGCACUCAUAAUAGUGAGGAUGCUAAAUCAGUAGCAAGCGGGGAGAUUGGAUUGGGCUCUUUAAGUGGGAGUGUUGGUGGUAUCAAAACAUAUAGUCAAACAACUAUCACUAACGCUAACAUAGCCCCAAGUAAUAACAAUGUUUUCUUUGGUGUUGAAAGCUUCUACACAGGCAUUGUUGGUGGUAUUGUUUUGUUAUUGGGUUUAUUAUAA